AUGUUGACAUUGUCUAAAAGAAUUUUUUUGGAUGGAAGAUCUCUUUUAAAAAAACGGUAUAUUUCUAUAAAAAUUUCCGAAGAAAUUCGGCAAAGUCUUUUAGAAAAAAAGCCUAUUGUUGCACUAGAGUCUACAGUUAUUACUCAUGGAUUAAAAUACCCUGAAAAUCUUCAUUUCGCACUUGAGGUUGAGCAUACUGUACGUAAAAAUGGCGCAAUUCCUGCAACAAUUGCUUUCAUAAAUGGACAACCGGUAGUUGGUGCAUCCAAAAGCGAUAUCACUGUUCUUUCUGAGAUGUCUAAAUUUGAAAAUGAUAAAAAACCUGUUAAGGUGUCUCGAAGAGAUAUACCCUAUGUCAUGAGCAAAAAGCUUAUGGGAGGAACAACUAUUGCCAGCACAAUGAUCUUUGCCCAUAAAGUGGGAAUAGAUGUUUUUGCAACAGGUGGGCUUGGAGGUGUUCACCGUGGAGUAGAAUUUACAAUGGAUAUUUCUGCAGAUCUUGAUGAGCUUAGUAAAACUCCUGUUGGUGUCAUAUGUUCAGGACCAAAAUCCAUUUUAGAUAUACCUAGAACAAUAGAGUAUUUAGAAACAAAAGGGGUUUAUGUAUCUACUUUAGGUCCAAAGGGAACUAAUGUUCCUGGAUUUUUUACCUCUGAUUCUGGUGUUUCCUCACCUUAUAAUUUUGAGACCCCAAGAGAAGUUGCUGAAAUUAUAUACAAUAUUAAAGAGUUAAACCUUUCCUCAGGCUCUGUAUUUUGCGUUCCUGCUCCCGAAGAAAUAGCAUUACCGAAGCAAUAUAUUGACGAAAUUAUUUCUGAAGCUCUAAUUAAAGCAGAACAUAAUAAUAUAGUCGGUAAACAUAUCACACCAUUUUUAUUGGGGCAGAUUUUGCAAAAAACUGGUGGAAAAUCACUUGAAACAAAUGUUGCAUUUUUACUCAAUAAUGCUGCUUUUGCUGCAAGUGUCUCUCGUGAGUUGAGUGUGAUGCAAAUAGAGAAAGGGAGAACCUUGAACCAGCCUUCAAAUAUUUAUUUAAGUUUAGGCAAUAAUAAAACUGCCAAAAAAUUUGAAUGCAUAAUUGUGGGUGGAUUAGCAAUCGACACAACAUGUACUUUUAAUCAGAACACAGGACUAAAGCCUACUUCAAUACCUGGAACAAUCAAAAAAACUUUAGGUGGUGUUGCCUAUAAUGUUACUAAAGCUAGUUUGCUACGAGGAAAAAAACUAUCCGUGAAUUCAAAAAUUAUAACAUCUAUUGGUAAAUCAGAGUUAAAUGAAAUUUCUGAUAAAAUCGACACUGAAUUUUCUGAGAAUUAUAAUUUGCCUUUUGAUAAAACUGGAUUAUAUCUAUCAAGCAAGCAUCCUAGUGGGAACUAUGUAGCAAUGCAUGAUUCUUCUGGCGAACUUUUGGUUGCAUGCUCGGAUAUGAAAAUAUUUGAAGAUAUUAAAAAAGACUUUAUUGAAGAAAACAUAAAGUCAUCAAAACCCAAGUGUGUUCUUUUUGAUGGAAAUAUUGGACAUGACCAAAUGGACGCAGUCAUUAAAUCUUCUCGAGAAUGUAAUUCAAUUUUAGGAUUUGAACCUACUUCAAUUUUCAAAGCUAGAGCUAUUGCAAAAGUGCCUUUUAAUUUACAUUCAAAGUUGUUAAAAGAUGUUAUUCCGAAUAACUCUAUUGAUUUUGCUUUUCCCAAUUUUUAUGAGCUAACAUCGCUUCAUGAAGAGCUUUCUAAAAACGAAUAUUUUGAUGUCAAUAAAUGGUUUCCCGUUAUAGAUUCCCUUUCAUUGGGUGACACUUUUAGAUCCAAAAUUCAAAAUUUAGCUAAAAUCUCCCCACAAAUUCAAGCUGAGUUAAAUGACGGAAUUGUACUCAAAGCUAUUCAGAUAUUACCUUAUAUCCCCAAUCUUUUUGUAAAACUUGGGUCUAAAGGCUUACUUCUGUUUCAAUUGAUUUAUGCUCCUGAUAAGAUUGAUUCCUUAAAAAAAACCUCAGGUACCUCUGAAGUUGUUGAAGUCUAUCAAUAUUCCAAAAAUUUGGCUUUGGUAAUUCAGUAUUUUCCUUCUCAAAGAAGUAACAAUGUUGUCAGUGUGACUGGGGCCGGUGAUACCCUAUGUGGAUUUUUGUUGGCGGAGCUGGCUGCUGAUAAGACUUGGCUGUAUGAUAACUCAAAGAAAAUCCCUAUAAUAGAAAAGGCUUUACUUGCAGCUAAACUUUCUGUUGAAACUGAUGACAGUGUCUCUUUUAAGAUAUUGGAAAUUUAA